AUGGAGCACCUCAACAGCGAAAAUGUGCUGGCAAUAGUACGAGUCAGUAACGACAACACAUUCUGGCUUCGCCACGAAGUUAAAGUCGGACCAGAAUGGAAGACUCCAGGGCUCACGGACAAUUGCAUUGUUAUCACACUUCAGGACAGACCGUUCACUUCUGCCGGUGUUGUCUUCGGUACCAGCGAAGAUUGCGAAGUGGUGAUUGCAAAAAAGGAGAAAGCGGAACGCACAUCUCUGUCACGCACAUUCUAUGAGUGUCAUUUCUCGAUUGGAUUGGACCACCAAUACCGUCUGGUUGCCCGAGACCUGACCGGUGACCAGGGCAUUCAAGUUCAAUACAAUGCCGCAAAAAAUAAGCCCGACGACCACAAUGCUGAGUGGAUACUCGCAGGGCGCGAUGUGCCCGAUAUCUAUAGAAAACUGGACGCGACACCAGGCCAAUUGGAUCGGUGGCGGCUGACGAUCUAUGUGGAAGACCAGCCGACCUUUGACAUUCUCCCUGGAAAAGCCAUCCAGAGCCUCCAGGGCCUCCAAGAGCCAAACAUGCAGGCUCAACUUUUCAGGCAGGGGAAGUAUCCUGACGGUCUAUUAUCGCAGCAAGUGCCUGCUAUAGUCCCGAGAUACUUUCCCGAGAAGGGAUUGAUCGAGCGUGGCAUUGGAGAGGGUGGGUUUGGUGCUGUGGUGCACUACUGGAGCCCCUUCACAGGGAAACAGCACGUGGUAAAAAAGCCGUUGACAAGAAGAAUGAGCUUGGAGCGGUGGGAGAAGGAGGCGCGGGUGAUGGACCUUGCUCGACAUCCUCACAUUGUCGAGUUCUUGGGUGCCGAUUUCGACACGACUCCGCACAUCGCCAUGGAGCAUGUGGCGCUUGGCGCGUUGCGAGCCCACAAGGAUAUCACGGGUGUCGAAGCCCUGAUCAUUCUUCGACAAUGCACAUCAGCAUUGUCGUUCCUCCAUGCCCAUGAACCUGCUAUUGUUCACAGGGAUAUUAAACCACAUAAUAUCCUUGUUCAACAGAGAGGUGAAGGGGGAGUAAAUGACCACAUCGUGGUCAAGCUGUGUGAUUUCGGCCUCGCUCGCGAGAUUCCACGAGGACAAAUCGACUCCCACCCAGGCACGCUUAAUUAUGCCCCACCGGAAUACUACCCAGUGGGUAACUAUCAACCGCCGCUUGGCGUGAAGAUAGAUAUAUGGUGCUUGGGACUCGUGGUCUUUGAGCUAGUCAGUCAGAUUCUCCUUGGCUCAGGUUCGACACACCAUCAGUUGGGUGAUGGUGACAUCAUCGUUGGAAAGCCGAUGCACGACAGAAUAGUUAAAGACCUGCACCGAUUCGCGGAGAGUCAUCGCCAAGGAGACUUCGAUAUUCUCAAGAGGAUGCUUGUUUUGGAUCCUGUCGGGCGGAUCACCGCCAAGGAGGCUCAUGAACUGGCUGAAAGAAUGAAUAUCUCAGCGUUCGUCACUACUACGGCCAUGGAGCCUGGCACCGCGGUAAGCCAAGCACAGCCUUUGGACUAUCAAGCAGACAUUGCCGCUGAGGUUCUGAGGAGCUUGUCGAUUUCGAAUCCUCGAUUGGCCAAAAGGAAAAGGGGACAAGUAAUUUAA